AUGAAGAGAAAAACCAUUGAUUCGUACUUCCAAAAACAAAAACCUACUCCAGAAAUAAAUGUUGAUAACGUGAACUUUGAUGAUCCUAAUGAAACGACGAACAAUGUGAUUCCAGAUAAUCCAACUCAGAUACCGAAUCAACAACCUAAUAGUAGUGACACUUCUUUUGUGCGUGAUCCAGCAUUGCGUAAGCCAAUCAGUAGUUAUCCCUUGGGGAUACAACGAGAAAUUGUGGGCAAGUUUAUUGAGUUUGGACCUUACCAAACUCGUUUAUCUGAGUAUCCCUUAUCAGGUCCAGAAAGCCAUCCACGUCGAUUUGUAUCUAAUUGGUUUAAGACUUUUACGUGGCUAGAGUAUUCACCAACAACUGAUGCUGCCUAUUGUUUCCCAUGCUUUCUUUUCGAUAAAAAACCAUUGGGGAAAGCUGGUUCAGAUACUUUUACAGUACAAGGAUUUAGAAAUUGGAAGAGAGUUGGUGGAAAAGAUUGUGCAUUUAUUGCAGAUAAUCGUUUAAGACUAUCAGCUUCAAUAAAUGUUGUAAAAUGGCUCACAUUUCAAAAGUGUGCGUUUAGGGGACAUGUUGAGAACGCCGACUCCAAAAACCAAGGAAACUUUCUAGAGAUGUUAAAACUCAUUGCAUCCUAUAACAAGGAUGUACGAGACGUGGUGCUAGCAAAUGCACCACAAAAUGCCAAAUAUAUUGCUCCGUCAAUUCAAAAGCAAAUUUUGCAUGUCUUUGCUAAGAAAGUGCAGAAUGAAAUCCGAAAGGAGAUUGGUGAUUCAAAAUUUUGCAUAAUCAUAGAUGAAUCACGAGAUGUAUCUAAAAGGGAGCAAAUGGCUAUUGUUAUAAGAUUUGUUAAUAAAGAUGGUAUUGUACAAGAGCGAUUUUUGGACUUGGUGCAUGUCAAAGAUACAACUUCUAGAACUCUCAAAGAUGAAAUAACAACAGUUUUAUCUAAUCAUGAGUUGAAUAUUAAAGAUCUUAGAGGUCAGGGAUAUGAUGGAGCUAGCAAUAUGCGUGGGGAGUGGAAUGGUUUACAAGCUUUGUUUAUAGAUGAUUGCCCUUAUGCAUAUUAUGUGCAUUGUCUGGCCCAUCAGUUGCAAUUAUCUCUUAUUGCUGCCGCAAGAGAAGUAUCUGAGGUUCAUGAUUUCUUCAAAGAUUUAAUUUUUAUUGUGAAUGUUGUUAGUUCUUCUUCCAAGCGUCAUGAUGAGUUACAUGAUAGUCAAGUAGCUGAGUUGGAGCACCUGAUUGAAAUUGAGGAGGUUGAUACUGGAAAAGGGAUGAAUCAAAUUGGUACAUUGCAACGUCCUGGAGAUACUAGAUGGAGUUCACAUUUUAAAUCAAUUUGCAGUUUACUAAGAAUGUUCAAUGCGACACGUACAGUACUUGAGAAAAUAGCCAUUGAUCGUCGAGCCACAUAUUCACAACGAGGGGAUGCUAAUUAUGCUCUUAAAAAAUUAUUAGCAUUUGAUUUUGUAUUCAUUUUGCAUAUGAUGCAAGAACUCAUGGCGUUCACAGAUUUACUUUGUCGAGCCUUACAACAAAAAUCACAAGAUAUUUUGCAUGCUAUGGAUUUACUUGUUGAUACAAAAUCCUCAAUUCAAGAUCUCAGAGAUGAAGGUUGGAAAGAUCUUUUGGACAAAAUACUCUCAUUUUGCAACAGACAUGGCACUCUGGUCCCAGAUAUACAAGCUAGUUAUUCUGAUUUAAUACGAUCUCGACGUAACAAAGAUAACAUAUCAGUGGAGCAUCAUUAUAAAAUUGAUGUGUUCACAGCUACUAUGGAUCAGCAAUUGGAGGAACUAAAUAGUCGUUUCAGUGAGAAAACAACAGAGCUUCUUGUCUUAAGUGCAUCUUUGAAUCCUGACAAGGGAUAUAAAAACUUCAAUGUGGAUAACAUUUGCCGUCUUGCAGAAAAGUACUAUCCUGCAGACUUUUCUAAAGAUGAUCAGUUUCAUUUGAGGUACCAACUUCAGUUAUUUUACCGAUGUGUCUCUAAUCAUGAUGAGAUGAAAAAUUUGAGCUCCAUAACUGAUUUAUGUCGAACUUUAGCUGAAAUUGGUAAGUCCAAUGUCUAUCCUUUAGUUGAUAGAUUGAUUCAACUAAUUUUAACUCUUCCUGUUAGUACAGCAACUUCUGAGAGAGCUUUUUCAGCAAUGAAAAUUGUUAAAACUAGCUUGCGAAAUAAGAUGGAGGACGACUUUCUAUCGGAGUACUUGAUUGUCUAUAUAGAGAAGGAUAUUGCUGAGAAAUUUACAAUUGGCUCGAUCAUAGAUGAUUUCAAUUCUAUGAAAACAAGGAGAGUACAAUUUGGAUGA